AUGCGCAGUGCCCCGCUGGAGGCAGAAGGAAGAUGGCGGCGUCCUGAGUUUUCCUACUGAGGGAAGCGCAGUCGGCCAGUUUGGGUACCAGUUUAGGAUCACUGAGCUGCAGCAGUCGCGCAAAAAGGAGGGUGGGGGGCCGAGGGACAUCACCCUAUCGCUUCUGAUAUCCUACAUUCAGGCCCUGCCUGAAGAUGAACGUCCUCAAGGAGAACAAAGACUUGGCCUGUUUCUACACAACCAAGCACUCCUGGAGGGGGAAGUACAAACGUGUUUUCUCCGUGGGGACUCAUGGCAUCACCACGUAUAAUCCCACAACGUUAGAAGUUACAAACCAGUGGCCUUACGGGGAUAUUUGCGGCAUUACCCCGGUUGGUAAAGGUCAGGGCACCGAGUUUAACCUCACUUUUCGAAAGGGCAGCGGGAAGAAGUCGGAAACGCUCAAGUUUUCCACGGAGCAUCGCACAGAGCUGCUAACAGAAGCACUGAGAUUCAGAACCGAUUUCUCUGAGGGGAAAAUUACUGGAAGACGCUAUAAUUGCUAUAAGCAUCACUGGAGUGACACACGGAGGGCGGUGUGUUUAGAGGUCACACCGGGAGGCAUCGAUCAGAUUGAUCCUCAAACCAACCGGGUGAUCUGUUCCUAUGACUACCGCUGUGUUGAAGGGUUCGCCGAGGUCACCGAUUACCAGGGCGGCUUUUGCAUUCUUUAUGGAGGCUUUGGUAGAUUGCAUCUUUUUGCGUCAGAGCACCGCGAGGAGAUCAUUCGCAGUGCGAUCGAGCACGCUGGCAACUUCAUCGGAAUAACACUGCGUCUGCGUAAAGAAGUGCUGACCUUCGAGGGCUUCCUCAAUGAGCGCCUGGGAAAGUACGGCUCGGAUGAGUGCAUCACCUCACUGACGGAGUUUAUCGUGCAGAAGGUCACGCCACGUCACGUUGAACCUAUGAAGAGAAUUCUGGCCCUCACAGAAACGUGUCUGGUGGAGAGAGACCCCGCCUCCUACAACAUAGUUACUGUUAAGCCCUUUGGGGAGGUGUUCGCUCUGAUCUGCGAUUCAGACAAUCCUCAGGUUUUCACGAUCGAGUUCAUCCGAGGACAGAUACGAAAGUACUGCUCCACAGAAAGGGACUCCCUGUUGGCUAGUCUACUUGACAGCGUGAGAGCGUCUGGCAACAGAGAUGUGUGUGUUAAAAUGGCUCCCACCCAGCGAGGGCAGAGAUGGGGUCUGCUCAGCAUGCCAGUGGAUGAGGAGGUGGAGAGCCUACACCUCAGAUUCCUUGCUGCCCCGCCCAAUUGUAAUUUUGCAGAUGCAGUGUUCAGAUUUAACGCCAACAUAUCUUACAGUGGAGUAUUACACGCCGUCACUCAAGACGGUCUCUUCUCCGAAAACAAAGAGAAACUGAUCAACAAUGCCAUUCUGGCACUCUUAUCUCAAGAUGCUGAGCUGCCAGGGCCGAACUCUGAGCUGGAGGCUCAUUUUCAAGCUAUCAGACGUCUGGUGGCCUCCAAAGCUGGAUUCCAGGCCUUCACACAGCUCCCAAGGUCCGGUCCUUUCGAUGGAUUUGAACACGCAAUGUUUAGGGAAAAGUUGGGGGUAAAAACUGUCAAAGCACUGAAGAGAAACAACAACGGUGUGACACAUGCAGCAAUAGACAUGCUGUGUGCCCUCAUGUGUCCAAUGCAUGACGAUUACGACCUGCGGCAAGAGCAACUGAACAAAGCCUCUCUUCUCUCCUCCAAGAAGUUUCUGGAGAACCUUCUGGAGAAAUUCAUCAGUAAUGUGGAACAAGGCAUGGGUGCUUUAGUGAUCAGCUCGCUGCUAGACUUUUUGACUUUUGCCCUCUGCGCGCCCUACAGUGAGACUACUGAGGGUCAACAGUUUGACAUGCUGCUGGAGAUGGUGGCGUCGAAUGGACGGACCCUUUUUAAACUCUUCCAGCAUCCAUCCAUGGCUAUCGUUAAAGGAGCAGGUCUGAUCAUGAAGGCCAUUAUUGAGGAGGGAGAUAAGGAGAUAGCCACUAAGAUGCAGGAGCUGGCCCUAAGCGAAGGAGUUUUACCCAGACAUCUCCACACCUCAAUGUUCACCAUCAGCUCUGACCAGAGGAUGCUCACCAACAGACAGUUAAGUCGUCAUCUAGUGGGUCUGUGGACAGCAGAAAACCCCACUGCAUUGAACUUGCUUAAGAGAAUACUGCCUACUGGACUACUGGCAUAUCUAGACAGCUCUGACCCCGUGCCAGAGAAGGACAUAGACAGGAUGCACAUACGCGACAAUGUCAAACUUGCCACGGACCAGUUUGGGAGAAAUAAAGUCCCGGAGUGGCAGCGUCUGGCGGGUAAGGCUGCGAAAGAGGUUGAGAAGUUUGCCAAAGAGAAAACCGACCUAGUACUCAUGCACUGGAGAGACAAAAUGGGCAUCGCUCAGAAAGAGCAGGACAGGAAUAACCUGAAUCCAAACCAAAAACCCGUCAUUCUGAGGAAGAGACGACAGCGGAUCAAGAUUGAGUCCAACUGGGAACUUUUUUACUACAAGUUUCAGGUGGAUCAUGCUCGCUCUAAUCUCAUCUGGAAUCUAAAGACCAGAGAGGAGCUGAGAGAAGCUCUGGAGGGAGAGAUGCGCGCAUUCAACGUGGACCGAGAGCUUGGCAGUGCCACUGUCAUCUCCUGGAACCAUCAAGAGUUUGAGGUGAGAUAUGAGUGCCUUUCUGAUGAGAUUAAAAUAGGAGAUUAUUAUCUGCGUCUUCUGCUGGAGGAAGAUGAAAGUGAAGAGUCGGGUGCCAUCAAGAGAUCGUAUGAGUUCUUUAAUGAGCUGUACCACCGGUUUCUGCUGACACCUAAAGUAGCCAUGAAGUGUUUGUGUCUGCAAGCUCUUACUAUAGUCUACGGGAAGUGCUGUGAAGAGAUUGGACCUUUUACUGACACCAAGUAUAUCGUGGGCAUGUUGGAUCGGUGUACAGACAAGCUAGAGAGAGACAGACUCAUCCUGUUCCUCAACAAACUCAUUCUAAACAAAAAAAACGUGAAGGAUAUCUUGGACUCAAAUGGAGUGCGUAUAUUAGUGGACCUGCUGACCCUCGCACACCUUCACACCAAUAGAGCCACUGUACCACUACAGAGUAACGUGUUAGAGGCUUCGCCUGACAUGAAGCGAGAGAGCGAGAAGGAGUGGUACUUUGGUAACGCAGAUAAAGAAAGGAGAGGACCUUUUAGCUAUGAAGAGAUGCAAGAGUUCUGGAACUCGGGUACUUUGACUGCAAAGACGCGAUGCUGGGCUCAAGGGAUGGAUGGCUGGCGCCCCCUGCAGGCUAUACCACAGCUAAAAUGGUGCUUGCUGGCCAGUGGACAGGCGGUGAUGAACGAGACUGAUCUGGCCACUCUCAUCCUAAACAUGCUUAUCACCAUGUGCUCCUACUUUCCUAGCAGGGACCAAGAUAAUGCCAUUAUCAGGCCUUUACCAAAGGUGAAGAGACUUAUAAGUGACAACACCUGCCUGCCUCACAUCGUACAGCUGCUUUUGACCUUUGACCCUAUCCUGGUGGAGAAAGUAGCCAAUCUGUUAUACCUGGUGAUGCAGGAUAAUCCUAACCUGCAGCGACUCUAUCUAAGUGGAGUUUUCUUCUUCAUUAUGAUGUACACCGGCUCCAAUGUGCUGCCUGUCGCACGCUUCUUGAAAUACACUCACCUGAAGCAAGCCUUUAAAUCAGAGGAGGCUAAAGGUCUGGACAUUGUUCAGAGAAGUAUAUUGGGGCCAAUGAUGCCAGAAGCCAUGGUGUGUUACUUGGAAAAUUACGAGCCUGAGCGAUUUUCUGAGAUUUUCUUGGGAGAGUUUGACACACCUGAAGCCAUCUGGAGCAGUGAAAUGAGACGUAUGAUGAUAGAGAAGAUUGCAGCUCAUCUGGCAGACUUUUCUCCUCGUCUGCAAAGUAACACUCGUGCUCUGUAUCAGUACUGCCCCAUUCCUGUGGUUAACUUCCCUCAACUGGAUAAUGAGCUCUUCUGCAACAUCUAUUACCUCCGACACCUGUGUGACGCCAACCGCUUCCCCAACUGGCCCAUACGAGAUGCUGUGAAGCUAUUGAAAGACACUCUGGAUGCAUGGAAAAAAGAGGUGGAGAAAAAGCCCCCCUCUAUGUCUGUGGAUGAUGCCUAUGAGGUGUUGAACCUCCCUAAAGGACAGGGCCAGCAUGAGGAGAGUAAAAUAAGGAAAGCAUAUUUUAGAUUGGCCCAGAAGUACCAUCCAGACAAAAAUCCAGAGGGCAGGGACAUGUUUGAGAAAGUAAAUAAAGCGUACGAGUUCCUGUGCACUAAAUCGGCACGUAUAAUUGACGGCCCUGACCCUGAGAACAUCAUCUUAAUACUCAAAGCCCAGAGCAUCCUCUUUAACAGACACAAACAAGAAUUGGAGCCUUAUAAAUACGCUGGUUACCCCAUGCUAAUAAAGACCAUCACAAUGGAGACUGGUGAUGAGCAGCUCUUCUCCAAAACCUCACCAUUAUUACCAGCGGCCACCGAAUUGGCCUUCCACACCGUCAACUGCUCUGCCCUUAACGCAGAGGAGCUCCGCAGGGAAAAUGGCAUUGAGAUACUGAUGGAGGCUUUGUCACGAUGUGUGGGUGUGCUCACGGCUUCUAGCAAACCUGAAGACAUGGCUGUACAGGUGUGCGGGCACGUCUGUAAGUGCUACAGCGUAGCCGCUCAGUUUGAAGAAUGCAGAGAGAAAAUUGUUGAGCUUCCCAACAUCAUCAGAGAUGUUUGUCACAUUCUUUACUUUGGCAAGGUAUUGCCACGUGUUGCCUCAUUGGCUGUUCAGUGCGCGAGUUCCUUUGCCAUAGACUUCUUCCUCCAGACCCAUUUGUACCAAGCUGGUGUUUUGUGGCACCUGCUAGUCAACCUCUUCAACUAUGACUACACCUUAGAAGAGAGUGGCGUCCAGGCCAGUCAGGAGACUAACCAGCAGGAGGUGUCCAACAGUCUGGCCAAGCUCAGCCUGGUGGCCCUCGGGCGGCUUGCGGGCUACACGUUGACGGUCAGCCCGGAGGAUGGACCCAGUGUGGAAGUCAAUGGUGGAGGGGCAGGAAUCCACCCACCAGAAAAUCCUGCCAUUAGAAAGAGCCUGGCAGCUAUGUUGACUCCUUAUAUCUCACGAAAACUGGGCAAUUCACCUGCUGAUGUUUUGAAGUUGUUAAACAGCAAUUCGGAGAACCCAUAUUUGAUCUGGAACAAUGGAACGAGAGCUGAGCUGAUGGAGUUCCUGGAGGCCCAACAAGAAAGCAACGUCAAGAGGGGCGAGUGUGAUAAGUGUUACGGAGCUGAGUUCUUGUUCAGUGAACAUGGAAAGGAGUUGAUUGUGGGAGAGAUCUUUGUUCGUGUCUACAAUGAACAGCCAGCAUUUCCUCUGGAGUAUCCAAAAGCAUUCGCGUCGAGUCUGUUGGAUUAUGUUGGCUCGCAAGCCCAGUACCUGCACACGCUGCUUGCUAUGACGCAGACCAAUAAAGUGGAGUCUCAACAGCACGCUCAGAGACUGCGCUGGGCAGAGAUGGCCCUAGAAGCUCUUCGCAACGUCAUCAAAAAUAACCCAGGCUCUGAGACUGAGUGCAUUGGUCACUUUAAGCUGCUUUUCUCUCUUCUGAGGGUUCAUGGAGCCGGCAAAGUACAACAACUUGCUUUAGAGGUUGUGAAUACCGUCACAUCAAACCAGGACUGUGUUAUCAACAUUGCAGAGUCUCUGGUUCUGCCCAAUCUGCUGGUGCUGCUUCACUCUUUACCAUCCAGCAGACAGCUGGUGCUGGAGACACUGUAUGCACUGACAUCCAACACUAAGAUUGUCACAGAGGCCAUGAACAAAGGUGCAUUGAUCUACCUGUUGGAUCUAUUCUGUAACUCCACCCAUCCUCAGGUGCGCACCCAGACAGCGGAGCUCUUCUCCAAAAUGACCUCAGACAAGCUGGUGGGACCAAAGGUCCGUUUGACCCUGAUGCGUUUCCUGCCAGCCGUUUUCAUGGACGCCAUGCGGGACAACUCAGAGGCGGCUGUGCAUAUAUUCGAGGGUACACACGAGAACCCAGAGCUCAUCUGGAACGACGGCUCGAGAGAGACCGUCUCCACGACUGUCAGAGAAAUGAUGCUGGAGCAUUUUAAGCAGCAGAAAGAUAAUCCAGAUGUAAACUGGAAGCUUCCCGAGGACUUUUCAGUGCCGUACGGUGCUGGCCAGGGAGAGCUGGAAGUUGGCGGAGUGUUUCUGCGGAUCUUCAUCGCUCAGCCAGGAUGGGUGCUGCGAAAACCCAGAGAGUUUCUGGUGUCGUUACUGGACACUCUCACUACACUCCUGGAGAAAAACAACCCUAAUGGUGAGGCGCUGGAGACGGUUACCACGGCAGCAGUGUGUCUCUUUGGUACCCAGACCCAGCUGGCUGAUCAGGUUCCUCCUCUCGGACAUCUGCCACGUGUCCUAUCGGCGCUCAACCACAAGAACAAUGCUGUGCCCAAAAGUGCCAUCAGACUCAUACAUGUGCUCUCGGACAACGAGUUGUGUGUGCGGUCGAUGGCUGCUUUAGAGACGAUCGGUCCAUUGAUGAAUGGUAUGAAGGUGAGAGCUGAUAUGGCAGGACUGGCAUGUGAGGCUCUCAACCGCAUGUUUCAACGAGAACAGACCGAACUGGUCGCACAGGCUCUCAGAGUAGACCUGGUGCCGUAUCUUUUAAAACUGUUAGAGGGAGUCGGGUUGGAGACUCUUGAAAACCCCUCAGCAACCAAAGCUCAGAUCGUCAAAGCCCUUAAAUCCAUGACACGCAGUUUGCAGUUUGGAGAACAAGUAAAUGAAAUCCUCUCUCGUUCCACUGUGUGGAGUGCCUUCAAAGACCAGAAACAUGACCUCUUCAUUUCCGAAUCCCAAACUGCUGGCUACCUGACGGGUGUUUCCACUCCCUCUCUUCUGGCUGGCAGCAGUCCAUUGAGGAGUGGGCUUUAGUGGCCCAAGCUGGCCUUUCCUACCCUGCUCUUUAUUACUUUAAAAGCAGGUCCAGGUGUGGCAGGUUAUCUAACAGCAGGCACCGGCUCUACGGUAAUGCAAAGUGUUCCACCGCCCGUAGACAAUGAAGUUGGAGACCUAGGAUGAAUCAGACAAAUUCAGACACCGAAAUGAACCUUACUCCUCUGACGUGGUGUAAUCCCUAAAGCAGAUGAAGAGAAGAUGACAUGAUGGACUCUUUAAGAGAUGGUGGUCAUUACCAUCCUCCAUUGAGUUUCCUCAAAAUGCUGCCUCCAAAAUAAGAAAACGCCCACCGCCCUCCACACAGCAGUCAUGGUGUUUAGUGAUUUCUUUAUUUUAAUACUCAACACUUAAUUCAUUUUAUAUCCAGUUGCACCUCAAACUUAAUUUCUUUCCAAGGACAGUGAAAUAGUUUACUUUUGUAUUAAGAGAUUUUUAUGCAUUCAUGGUUUUUUUUGUGACACACCGAAUGCUUGCCAUGUAGCCUCCGAAUGAUAUGUGGUCUCUUCCCCUCAUCUUCUUGUAUCUCACAUCAGGCCCAAGACCAACCUCUGUUUGUCUUAAUCUCAACCGAUCCUGUACGGUUUGAUAAAAUGCAGCAUCUUCACACAAUCAUAAUUCACUGUUUUGUAUGUUUCAUGUAUUCUGAAAUACUCAAAGUGCUUAUGAACAGAAGAAAAGAAAAACUUGAAAAAUCUGUGAAACUUGGAUUGUUUGUCUCAUGAAUAUGUGCACAUGUGAGUACAGCACUGGAUGCAAUCUGAACAUGUUUUCCUUGUCUCUCAUCUCUGUCUCCUGUCUGUUAGACUCGUAUAUAAUAAUGCCCCUUCAGCACUCCAGCCUUUUCUUAAAGGGAUAGUUCACACAAAAAUGAAAAAAAAAAAUCUGUUAUUAUUUACUUACCAUCAAGAUCUGUAUGAGGUUUUUAUUUUGAUGAACACAAAUAAAAGAUAUUUUGAUAAAUGAUGGUAAGCAUUGAAUUCCAUAGUAUUUGUUUUUCCUACUAUGGAAGUCAAUGGUUACAGCAGCUGUGUUUUUACAAUCAUUUCUCGAAAUAUCUUGUGUUCAUCAGAAAAAAGAAAUUCCCCAACAUGAGGAUGAUAAAAUAACAAUUUUCAUUUUUAGGUGAACUAUCCCUUUAAUUCCCCAAAAAGCACUAGACUGUUUAUAUACCCAGUUAAAUAAAGACCAAUAGAUGACCAGAUGAGCUUUGAAAAGGACAAAUUGUACUGACUCUGAUUAUAAAUAUAUGUGAAAGACUAGUGCAAUUGUGAAAUGUUAAAUGUAAUAUGCCGUACAUAAACUUUCUAUAUUGAAUGUACAUUAAUAAAAAAAAUGAAUCGGUUGCACUUGUACAUAACAUUUUAAAAAUAAAAGGGAAUCCACA